AUGAGAGAAGAAAGGGCAAGGCCCUCACUAGAAGAGAAGCAAGUAUUACCAGUCAUAGUACUCGAUCCCUGGAUGCAGCCUAUAGUGACAUAUUUAGCAGAUGGAAUAUUACUAGAAGGGCGCGCAGAGGCAGCUAAACUGGAAAUUCUUGCGGGAGAUUGUGGAGCGCACGAAGGCGCAGUCACUCUAUAUAGAAAGGCAAUGUUGCAAGGUUUCUACUGGCCGACCAUGAAGAAAGAUGCCGAAGAAAUGGUAAAGAAGUGCGAUAAGUGUCAGAGGUUUGGGUCACUCAUAAGAACUCCGACGGCUCACCAGUCAACUAUCGGAAGUCCGUGGCCUUUCAUUUAUAUGGGGAGUAGACAUAUUGGGAGCAUUCACCCCUGCCAGAGGACAAGUUAA